GUUUAUUUGAAUAUAUUCUGUAGUGUGGCAUGUGAAGAAGAUAAUCAAAGAUAUUUUGAUGAUCGAUGCAAACCUGAACCUUGGCAAUCUUAAGAUCAGGGUUCCGGUCGAGGACGAUGAUCCGCCAGAUACACCUCCACCGGAUCCUGAUAAUCCGUCUCGAUUAUCCGGUUCUACCGACCGGUCGGAUAAUAAUGAUCGGCUGCCUGCGGAGAAUGGAAAUGAUAAUGGGAAUUCAGUAAGUUGGAGUUCUGCCGGUGGUGGAAGUAGUUUCCGACAAAACUCAGGAUCAAUACCGUGUCAGGAACCAGAACCUUGUAUGGAAAAGAAACGAAGAGAAUCCGAGUGUUCUGAAGUUGAAGUUUUAGAAACUCCCGCCCGACCCUCACCAGAGUUUAUAGAUCUUAUCGAGUCUGAUCACGAACAAGAUGCUUCUGAGCAAGUUGAAGAGAAAUGUCCUGAACCUGCACUAGAAACAGAUUCCAUCGACGAUCUAUUAAACUCCGAUGAAGAAACUGAAAAGGAUAGAAAACAUCUGAACGUGUAUGGUCCCGGGAGUAAAGAGGCUGAAGAUGAGAAUCCUCUGGAGCCCGGAGACGAUGAUGAGUGUUCGCCUGAGCAUGGAGAGGAUGAGGAGGAUAAGGAGGAGGAUAAUCCUGGAGAAUAUUCUUUAUCCAUGAUUGUAAAUGAUAAUGCUGAGAAUGAUACCGAGGUAGAAACAGGACAAAUAUUAAUCACAGAAGCUCCGAAAUUACUCCGAGGAAUUGAGAAGGAUUCUCUAGACCCUGAGUCUGAAAUCAAAAAACCUAAAAAGCGUGGACCAAAAAAGAAACAUAAUAAAUUAAAGUCUUCCCGUUCUGUCCUACCAAUCAAGGUAAAGACGGAGAAACCUGUUCCUCCUAAGUCGAAAAUGAAGAGUGAAAAAUCAGAUUCAAUAUGUAGUAGUGCACUCUCAAACUAUUCUCCAGUCCCUAAACUAGAACCUGGCAUGAUAGUUUUCAGAGGAAAGAUAAUAGAGAAGAAGGACAAACCAAAACCAAAGACCGUUGUCAACAAGGGUCUAAGGAAGCACAAUCACAACGCAUGGACUCUCACUGGUCUCACGAGAGUGGAAACUAUAAUUGCCAUUAAAGAGGAGAGUUCUAGUUAUGAAUGUGAUAAAUGUGACGCAGUAUUUCAAAAAUAUCGAAGUCUUGAUGUACACAUUCAAAGGAUUCAUAAUGAUUCUAAUAAGAAAGCUAAGUGUCCGGAGUGUGGUAAGAAGCUAUCGUCUGAGCAUGCAAUUAAAAAGCAUCUUCUUAGUCACAGACCGGAGGAGGAAUGGCCUCAUGAAUGCCCGAUUUGCCACAAAAAGUUUCAG